GUAAGCGAGGGAGUGCGGGUGCGCGCGCGCGCGUGUGUGGCGCUCCUCUCCACUCCGAUCGAAGAUGGCGGUGUCCGUGUUCCCCGGCGUGCGGCUCCUUACCAUCGGGGACGCGAACGGAGAGAUCCAGCGGCACUCAGAGCAGCAGCCGCUGCGGCUCGAGGUGAAGAGCACGCCGGACGCGGCGCUACUGAGUCUCUCCAACACAGAGGAAACGUGCGUGUUCAAGUGCUCGGUGUCAAGAGAGACGGAGUGCAGCCGCGUGGGGAAGCAGUCCUUCAUCAUCACCCUGGGCUGCAACAGUGUCCUGCUGCAGUUCUCCUCGCCCGCAGACUUCAACUCGUUCUACAACGUUCUCAAGAACUCCCGCAGUCACAAUGCGCAGCGGUCCGUGUUCAGCGACAGGACGGAAGAGUCCUCCGCCGUGCAGUACUUCCAGUUCUACGGCUACCUCUCCCAGCAGCAGAACAUGAUGCAGGACUAUGUUCGGACGGGGACCUACCAGCGGGCCAUCCUUCAGAACCACACCGACUUUAAGGACAAGGUGGUGCUGGAUGUUGGCUGCGGGUCCGGGAUCCUCUCGUUCUUCGCGGCCCAGGCAGGGGCCAGGAAGGUGUACGCGGUGGAGGCCAGUACCAUGGCGCAGCAUGCCGAGGUGCUGGUGAACAGUAACAGGCUGGCGGACCGGGUGGUGGUCAUCCCUGGAAAGGUGGAGGAGGUCACCCUGCCCGAGCAAGUGGACAUCAUCAUCUCGGAGCCAAUGGGCUACAUGCUCUUCAACGAAAGGAUGCUCGAGAGCUACCUGCAUGCCAAAAAGUUCCUCAAGCCCAGUGGGAACCUGUUUCCCACCAUCGGCGAUGUCCACCUGGCCCCCUUCACAGACGAGCAGCUGUACAUGGAGCAGUUCACCAAGGCCAACUUCUGGUACCAGCCCUCCUUUCAUGGCGUGGACCUGUCAGCUCUGCGGGGAGCUGCUGUGGACGAGUAUUUCCGUCAGCCCAUCGUGGACACCUUUGAUAUCCGGAUCCUGAUGGCCAAAUCCGUGAAGUACACAGUCAACUUCCUGGAGGCCAAAGAGGGAGACCUGCACAGGAUAGAGAUCCCGUUCAAGUUCCACAUGAUGCACUCCGGGCUCGUGCACGGACUGGCCUUCUGGUUUGACGUGGCUUUCAUCGGCUCUGUAAUGACCGUGUGGCUCUCCACGGCCCCAACGGAGCCGCUCACGCACUGGUACCAGGUGCGGUGCCUUCUGCAGUCGCCGCUCUUCACCAAGGCAGGGGACACGCUUUCAGGCACCGCCCUGCUUAUCGCCAAUAAAAGGCAGAGUUACGACAUCAGCGUUGUGGCCCAAGUGGACCAGACUGGAUCAAAGUCGAGUAACCUUCUUGAUCUGAAGAACCCCUUCUUCAGGUACACGGGUGCCUCUCCAGCCCCCCCUCCUGGCUCACACUACACCUCUCCUUCUGAAAACAUGUGGAACACUGGAGGGGGCUACAGUUUGAACCAGGGCAUGGGCGUGUCGGGGGUGCCCACAGCCUAUGACCUGAGUACUGUCAUCGCUAGCGGUUCCUCAGUCUCCCACAACAACCUCAUCCCCCUCGGUACGGACAGGCAGGCAGAAGCAGACGCAAAGGCAGAGCAGCACAGAGCAGUGAACACAGGGAUCGUGAACCACACCCAUUCCAGAAUGGGUUCCAUCAUGAGCACGGGCAUCGUACAGGGCACCUCUGCGGGCCAGUCAGGACCAAGCAGCAGCAGUCCGCACUACCCCGUGAACAGCCAGUUCACCAUGGGCGGGCCAGCCAUCUCCAUGGCAUCGCCUUUGGCGAUCCCUAGCAACACCAUGCAUUAUGGGAGUUAAGAGCUUUUCUGACCCAGUGCCACCCUUCUUUUGACCUCUUGGCUGACCCUGGCGAGAAGAAAGCCCAAAAUGACAUCUAGUCAUCAUCUCCCACUAUUGGUUUUAGUCUUUGUUCCUCUCCCACCUCCUGUUCCUUUUGUAUUUUUUGCCAUAUUUUCCAUCCUGCACUGCGGACUCCAGCCACAAGGUGGCAGCAGCCUUUGACUUCCAUGAAUGGUUGGCACCAAUGCGCUCCUGUACCAUUGUUCCUUCUCUGCUUACUGUCUUCUGCGGUACCUCAGAUGCACACUCAUUGCCCCCAGGGGAAAGAACUUUUCUCCGGUCUUCUCCCUGGAAUUACCACUGUAAUUUAUCCCUCUUAUCUGUCCUAUAGGACCCAUCCGUAUCUUACCAAAAGGCUCCUCCUUCCUGGCUUUGAACUUUGACCUCUGCUCACUGCAGCUGGCCCCUGCUUGAGGGGAGAGGCUGCAGGGUGUCAUUUUAAUCCAUCCCUCGACCCUAGGCUUGGACUUGCCGAUGGGGGCACUUGUACAGUGCCUCUGCUUUGUGGGAGUU